GGCGCAAUAUAGAAGAGGAUGUAAUAAUCGCGCCUUUAAUCAGACUCCACUGAGACGUGUCGCUAUUUCGAGUUGUCCACGUCACUGUUUCUUUUGUCUCUUAUCUUCUUCUUCGUCUCUUUACUUUUUUCCCAUUUCUAGGGUUUCUUCAAUUUCACUCUCUCUCUCUUGAGUUUGUUCUUCUCUGUAUCAAUCAAAUCGACGGAGUUUGAGCUUUUUUAGAUUCCGGCGAUGGGGUCAGUCCCCGAUCCAGGCGAGUUGACUGAGUUAGCUCAGCCGAGUUUCGAGGAGUUUCAGAAACAGACGUCGUUGAUGACAAGCUGUACUCUUCUAUGGCAAGAGCUCUCCGAUCACUUUACUUCUUUAGAGCAGAAUCUGAUGAAGAAAUCUGAAGCGUUGAAGCAGAUGAUUGAAACGCUAGACAAUCAGACUCAGACCUCGCUUGAGUCGUUGAAGCGUAGAGAGGUAACAAUCGACCAUAGCGUUGAGAUCGUAGCUGGGAAAGUUGGGGAACGAGCUAGAGCUGCUUUGGAAUCGUUAGAGAAAGCUAGAGAUGGUGGUGAUGGUUCUAAUGAUGAUUCCGGUGAGGUUGACGAUGAAGAAGGGCUUCUCUCUGCGUUGAAAUCUUUAUGUCUUAAAAUGGACGCGAGAGGGUUUUGGAACUUUGUGACGGCGAGGAAGAAGGAAUUGGAGAAUCUCCGAUCAAAAAUUCCGGCGGCGUUGGUUGAUUGUGUAGAUCCGGCGAUGUUAGUGCUUGAAGCGAUAUCUGAGGUUUUUCCAGUGGAUAAAAGAGCUGAGAAAAUGAGCAAUGAUUAUGGAUGGGCUUGUGUUGUGAUUCUAGAGAGUUUAACACCUGUAAUGGUUGAUCCAGUGAUUGGGAAAUCGAGGUUGCUUGUUACUCCAAGCGUUAAGGAGAAGGCUAAGGAGAUAGCUGAGACGUGGAAGGCGAGCUUGGAAGAGAGAGGAAGGAUAGAGAAUGUGAAGACUCCUGAUGUUCAUACGUUUCUGCAGCAUCUUGUUACAUUUGGAAUUGUUAAAAGUGAAGAUCUUGCUUUGUAUAGAAAGCUUGUCGUUGGCUCUGCGUGGCGUAAACAGAUGCCUAAGCUUGCUGUUUCUGUUGGUUUGGGUGAUCAAAUGCCUGAUAUGAUUGAAGAAUUAAUCAGCAGGGGACAACAGCUUGAUGCUGUUCAUUUUACUUAUGAAGUUGGUCUUGUGGAUAAGUUUCCUCCUGUUCCUUUGCUCAAAGCUUAUCUAAGGGACGCAAAGAAGUCAGCAGCUUCUAUCAUGGAGGACUCUAGCAAUACUGGCCGAGCUACGCAUCUCGUGGCGCGCAAGGAGCAAUCAGCACUUAAGGCGGUCUUGAAAUGCAUAGAAGAGUACAAACUCGAGGAAGAGUUCCCUCCAGAGAAUCUCAAGAAGCGAUUGGAUCAGCUAGAGAAGACGAAAACCGAGAAGAGAAAACCAGCAGCUGUUCCCGCCAACAAGAGAACCCGGGCAAGCUACAACGGUCCAAUGCCACCAGCCAAAGCCGGGCGUAUCACAAACGCAUACGUCUCUUCCUUCCCUUUCAUCAGAUCACCCUCUCACUCUCCUCAAUACGCUUCACCAGCAGCUUACCCAUCCCCACCUACCACAGUCUACAGCAACAGAAGCCCACCUUAUCCAUACUCUCCCGAAAUCAUCCCAGGCUCAUACCAAGGCUCUCCUAUCGGUUACCCAGCGUACAACGGUUAUUGCAAUGGUCCAGUUCCUGCUCCAGCUCCUCCGUGUCUCCGUUUGCCGGAUUUCAUCUCUGUUUUUCGACCUGCACCGCAUUGUUUCUCCUCGAGAUUUUCCAACAGUGAAAGUGGAAAGGAUACAGUGGUUGGUUUGAGUGGUUGUGGUAUAGAAACUGUGGAUGAUGAUGCUUGGCAUGUCUCAUCAUCUUUAUCUCAAGCUUGGAGACAGUUCCAAGCAGACACUGCAAAAAACUCUCCCAUUACAAUACAAGGAGUAAGAGAAACAAUACUCGAUGAUGAAGAUCCCGAUCAUGAUGAAAUCGAUAAUAUGAGAAUUCGCGGUGAUCUGUUCUACAAGCUUGAUCGAGGGUCAAAAGAAUUCGAGGAAUACAACUACGACUUCCACUGCAAGAAUCAACACAAGAACGCUAAGAAAGAGCAAAACCAAGAAGAAGAAACAAAAAUGAAGAAUAAUAAGAAGGAAGUUCGUGAGGAAUACAAGAAGAGAAAUGAACCGAUGAUUAACUCUUUUACCGGUGAAAUGGAUCAUCCUAAUGCAGCUUUGAAGAAGAGAGAAAGAACGUUUACGUUUAACCAACUCACGGCGCCUUUUCACUACCCGUUUUGCUUAGACAUAUACAUCUCGAAGGAGUCUGUUCGAGCAUGUGUGAUUCACAGGGUAACUAGUAAGGUUGUCACUGUGGCUCAUUCCAUUUCGAAAGACAUGAAAUUCGAUCUUGGUUCGACAAGAAACGCUGCAGCUUGCGCUGCGGUUGGGGCAGUCCUUGCACAAAGAUGUUUGGAGGAUGAUAUACAUGACGUUAUAUACACUCCUAGGAAAGGAGAUAAAAUUGAAGGUAAGCUUCAAGUCGUGCUUCAAGCUCUUAUUGAUAAUGGUGUUAAUGUUAAAGUGAAGCUUAAGCAGAGGAAACUCAAGAAGAAGACUAGUCAUCUAAUGAUGGCAUAGAGGACUGGAAUUUUCUAUUUUGUUUGUUUGGUGAAUCUUUAGUUUGGGACUUGGGGUUUUCAAUACAAGUAAAAAGAUUUCACAUUU